GAUUUAAGUUUAACUGCUGCCGGCUCGGUGUUCAAAUGUUCAGGAAUCUCAGCAGUGAAAUUGAGAAGAAGACUGCUUACUAAAUUGGAUUGAUUUUUUUUACAGAAGUCUUUACAUUAGAUCCAAUUUGUUCAAGGAACCCUAUAAUCUCUUUAUUGCCCCUCUUAUCAGUCACAAGAGAGAAAAAAAAUUAUAAUGGGCAUUGCCAUAAAUUAAACUUAUUUCCUGCAACCCCUUCCCCCUCCCAAUAAUCAACAACAGAUUAGCACACACAACCCCAUUCGGCUCAGUGCAACCACCUGCUGGCCCUUCCCUUUAAAGUUUGAGAUAUGUCAAUAUUGGGAUUUCAGGAUCCAUACCAUAGAUUCAGCUAAUAACAAAACAGAAUGGCUCUUGCAGGAAUCCGUGUAAUCGAGCUUGCAGGUCUAGCACCUGGUCCCUUGUGUGGAAUGAUUUUGGCUGAUUUUGGUGCCAGAGUUGUACGCAUAGAUCGAACAAGGAUAGCUACAACUGACGUGUUAGGUCGAGGCAAACACUCAGUGGCCUUGAAUCUGAAGAAGCCAGAAGGAGUCACAGUUUUGAAGCUUCUUUGUAAUCAGUCUGAUGUUCUUAUUGAACCUUUCCGUAAAGGUGUCAUGGAGAAGUUGGGCCUGGGCCCUGAAGAUUUACUUAGCCAGAAUCCAAAGCUUAUCUAUGCUCGGUUGACUGGGUUUGGACAGAGCGGACUAUAUUCCCAGAAUGCUGGGCAUGACAUCAACUACAUUGCAGUAUCAGGUCUUCUGUCAAAAUUUGGCAGGAAAGGUGAGAAACCAUAUGCACCACUGAAUGUUGUUGCUGACUUUGCUGGAGGUGGCGUUAUGUGUGCUAUGGGUAUAAUACUAGCACUGUAUGAGAGGAUACGAUCUGGAAAAGGACAGAUCAUCGAUGCAAGCAUGAUCGAAGGAGCAGCUUACUGUGGCUCUUGGCUUUGGAAAUCACAGCAUUUGGGCAUUUGGGAUCAGCAAAGAGGUGAAAAUCUACUGGACACUGGAGCACCAUUCUAUGAAACCUACAGGACAUCGGAUGGAAAGUAUAUGGCUGUGGGUGCAUUGGAACCUCAUUUUUAUGAGCAACUGAUAGAAGGUCUCGGCUUGGAUUCAUCCAAACUCCCUCCUCAGAACAGCCAGUCUGACUGGCCUGAAUUAAAAAGAAUUUUUACGGAAGCAUUUGCUGCAAAGAGCCAAGAGCAAUGGAUCAAGGUCUUUGAUGGAACUGAUGCUUGUGUUACUCCCAUUUUGUCUUUCAAAGAAGCUUUCGAUCAUCCGCACAAUCAAGAAAGAGGAUCUUUUAUUAUUGAUGCGGAUGGACAUGUCAGCCCUAGACCAGCUCCUGUCUUGUCCCGGACACCAGCCGUUGUCAGUUUGGAAAGGGACCCACAAGUGGGAGAGCACACGCAACUUGUGUUGACCGAAUGUGGUUUCACAAAAGAGCAGAUAAAUAAGCUCGAAUCUGCUGGUGCUAUUGAAUGUAAUAGUUCCAAAUCAAAGUUGUAACAAAAUAUUAUGCAUUAUUUCACAAUAUUAUAAUCAUCAAAUUUUGUGUCCUAAUGUCAAUUGAGUUACUUCAUUUUCAAAAAGAUUUUUAUUUUUCUCGUUAAAUUUAAAAAAUUGAAUCAAAUGCUAUCGAACAUAAACAUGCACACAAACAAAUUAAUUUUGUAUGUCUUCAAGAAGUACUGAAAUUAAAAGGAGACUCAUUUCUGUAAGAUUCAACCUAGAAUUUUCUUCAAAUGGUUGCAAUUUGCCAUUGCCAAACAGCCUGCUACCCACACGUGGCAAUAAAACUGUUAAAAAUGUA